AUGGGUGGCAGUACGCCGGCCGCGGCAUAUCAGGCGACAACGAUGGAUUGGCGGGGUCGGCUUUACGGGAGAUUCGGCUCCAGCCGCUUCAACACCGUGUUUCUACUGUUGUUCCGACUAUUUUAUCAUGCGUCUUCCUUCGAAGUUGCCCACAGCGGUUAUGCCAAGCGACUCUACCUGCCACUUCUGCAGGAGACCACGGCGAAGCCUUUCGAGGAACUCGGUAGCGAGAAGCCGCUCGUGGUCCCAGCAAACCCAGGCCUUCCCGUCUUGUUCAAAACCUUCAAACGAUUCUCGUCGAAAGGAUGGUUAGAGGCGUUGCUCCAGGAUCCCGCCGAAUUCAAGGAUCUGAAGGUGAAUUCAAUCACGUGGAUCAAGGCUCUUGCCUCCCCCUUUUCUCACGAAUUCAUCCAAUUCAUCGUCGAGGACUCUGGUAGUGGUCAACGUACGCGGAUCGCCGCCGGCCGAGAAGAAACCGGAGACUGGGUCCUCGUGGGCUGGAAUUGGGCUUCAGGCGCAACGCCUUCCGACCACUAUAACCUCCCGCUCCCACUCUUGACAAUUACCUUUGAUGACGUCAACAAGCGACCGGACUUGCGGGCACUGGCCCACGUGCUCUCUGCGACCACCGAAAAGCAUCCCGCCUAUAAAUUUCGCCGAGAAAUGUGCUGGUGGUACGCCGAGACCGUGCUGGAGGUGAUGCACGAGCAAUUUGGAGGGAAGGUCAAGGAGUGGGAGUGGUCGAGAUAUCGAUAUUCAUUUAUUGUUAAAACGAGCUUCAUUAGACGGAGAGUCUUGACCAGGCACGCCGAGUUGUUCAAGCGGCAGCUGGCUGAGGAGAUGAGCUACUAG